AUGAUUGUCUCUCGUCUCCUUGGCCUCCUCGCCGCCUCGGCUGGCGUGGCCAGGGCUGUCACCCUCGAUGGCUACGAGUACGUUAUCGUCGGCUCCGGCGCUGGCGGUGGUCCCUUGGCCGCUCGCCUAGCCCUCGCCGGCCACAAGACCCUGCUCAUCGAAGCCGGUGACGACCAGGGUCACAAUGACAACUACACCGUCCCUGCGUUUUCGGCCAAGUCGUCCGAAGACGAAGAGAUGGCCUGGAACUUCUUCGUCCGUCACUACGCGGACGACGACCGACAGGCGCGGGAUUUCAAGACCUCCUACGACACCCCCGAUGGCCAGGAGUAUACGGGCAUCGACCCCCCGGCAGGCUCCACCAUGAAGGGAACCCUGUAUCCUCGCGCUGGAACUCUCGGUGGCUGCACCGCGCACAACGCCCUGGUGACCGUCUACCCGCACCGCUCCGACUUCGAAUACCUCGCCACCCUGACCGGUGACGAGUCCUGGUCCCCGGACAGCAUGCGCGAGUACUUUGUCAAGAUGGAGAACAACGGCUACGCGCUGCCCGGCCUCCCCGGCCACGGUUACGACGGCUGGUUGAGCACGGAGACCGCGCCCCUCACCCUCCCGAUCAAGGACCCCCAGCUGCUCAGCCUGCUGCUGGGCGGUGCCUUCGCCCUGGGCAACGAGACCAACGCCGUCUUCAACCUGGCCACCCUCCUCGCGUCGGAUGCCAACACGGAUAGCAAGCACCGCGACACCUUCCCCGGAUACUACCAGGUCCCGCUGGCCUCCGAGGGCGGCAAGCGCAUCGGCCCCCGCGAGUUCAUCACGGCCACCCGCGACGCCACCAACGAGGACGGCACCAAGAAGUACCCGCUCGACGUCCGCACCAACUGCCUCGUCACCAAGGUCACCUUCGACGAGACCGCCAACCCUCCCCGCGCCACCGGCGUCGAGUUCCUCGACGGCAAGCACCUGUACCGCGCCAGCCCGCGCGCCGGCUCCGCCGCCCCGGGCACCCCCGGCUCCGUCAAGGCCUCCCGUGAGGUCAUCGUCGCCGGCGGCACCUACAACUCCCCGCAGAUCCUCAAGCUGAGCGGUGUCGGCCCCGCCGACGAGCUCAACAAGUUCGGCAUCCCCGUCAUCUCCGACCUGCCCGGCGUCGGCACCAACCUGCAGGACCACUACGAGGUCGCCGUGCAGGGCCACGCCGCCAACGAAUACAAGGUCUUCGAGGGCUGCACCUUCGGCGCCCCCGGCGCCGAAGACCCCUGCCUCGACCGCUUCGAGACCCCCAUCCUCGGCGACCGCGGCAUCUACUCCUCAGGCGGCUUCGCCGCCACCAUGCUCUACAAGAGCACCACCACCGUCGACGACAGCUACGACACCUUCGUCUUCGGCGGGCCCGUCAACUUCCGCGGCUACUUCCCGGGCUACAGCGUGAACAUCACGGACGCGCACGACUGGUUCACCUGGGCCGUGCUCAAGGGCCACCCGCGCAACACCGCCGGCUCCGUCAAGCUUCGCUCGGCCGACCCGCUCGACAUGCCCGACAUCCUCUUCAACUACUUCGACACGGGCGUCGGCGACCACAACGCCGACCUGCAGGCCAUGUACGAGGCGAUCCUGCUCGCGCGCUCCGCCUUCGACCGCCAGCCCGUCCACGUCGCCGAGACCCUCCCCGGCUCUGAGAUCCAGUCCCAGGAGGAGAUCGAGAACUACGUCAAGGACACCGCCUGGGGCCACCACGCUUCCAGCACCUGCCCCAUCGGCCGCGACGACGACCCCAUGGCUGUGCUGGACUCCAAGUUCCGCGUCCGCGGCGUCGCCGGUCUCCGUGUCGUCGACGCUUCCGUCUACCCCCGUAUCCCUGGUACCUUCACUGCUGUGUCGACCUACAUGGUUGCGGAGAAGGCUGCGGAUGAUAUCCUGAAGGGUCUUGAGGCUGAUGCUUAG